AAACAAUCAAUAAAUCACUGAAACAAAAAAACUCUUUAUUUAAUUAUUAAAUUGAAAAGUCAAACAAAAACAAUGAAGUUAAUGCCUCGGAGAAAUUGUCUUAGUCUUGCUUUCAUGCUUUUCUUCGUUAUAAUUACCACAAGUAACGCCAUUCCCGCCAGACUGUCCGAUGGUAUAAUUGAUAAUUUGAGAACUGGUUAUUACUAUAUUGACAAUGGAGUCAUCACUGCUGUUAGAAGGACAGAUGCAACACCGCCACCUGGAAGACGGCGUCAGGACUCUGCUACGGGGUCACCAAGUGACUUGCCACAUGGUGUCAAAUUCACACCCCUCGUGCGUUACAAGCAGACCAAAACCAAACGUAAGAGGUUAUUUGUUCCAAAUUUCUUUGGAUAAUUGAAGAUGCAGUAAAAUGGCAUUUCAUUAUGAGAGAGCAGACUGAUGUUGUUUUUGUUAUGAUAUUUAUCUUUGUUUUAGGCAUACUAAGAUAUAGUCAUUAGGUUAAACACUUACUUUUAAGAGA